UGAGGAAACAUCAUUUUGAAGCAGCGCUCGUUACAGGAUCGUGGUCCCGAGGACGUUCCGAACCCUGUAGAGUCGGUGAUGUUUCACACCUGGCUACUUAUCUGGCGUAAAAUCGGAUUGUAAGGAAGAAGUAUUUUCUAUUCUGCUUGCUCAUGCACAAAAACACGCCAUGAAAAUCGAAAAUAGAAAGUCAUUCUUAUUCAAGAGCGUUUAGUUUCCGGAAAAGCGCCAUGACGUACCAAAAGGCAAAACAUCUGAUGCAUCUACAUUGAAAAAAGUAUGAGAACGAUUAGAUAGCAUAAGCUUUUGAGCCAUUUAAAGCACGGAUAUUGUAACAUAUCUUACUGCAUUAGGUACUUAGCAUACCAAAUAAAAUCGCUAUCUAAAAUAUACAGUAUUUCGAUUAACUUAACCAAAGAAAAUUCCGAGACAAAUCCUAGAGCUUUUUAGAUAUGCUAGUUAUCCCGAAGUUACCACGACAAUUUGCCGAAGUGCCGAUGUCAUUGCCGAUUAUAGCUCCGGUUUAUCUCCUUGGGUUCAACAAAAAAUGAGUCAAUAUUUACUCGGCUACAUACGAGUGACGUUUGUCUACGUAGAAUGCUGUUCAAUUAAGUCAAACACUAAAAGCAUAUGUAUGCAAAAAUGAUGUCACUAGAUCUACGCCAUAUGCCGAUUUGGCAACAUCUAAAAUUAUCUGUUAUCGCUUGUCUAUAAAUGAAGAAGUCUGCGGUGUGCAAGUCAUAAACAAUCGCGUUCUACUACAAGACGUAACCGUCUCCUCAUAUCUUAGGAAAUGGAAACAGUGAGGAAUCAAUUGAAACAUGAAAACGGAGAGCAAAAGGAGAGAAUAUCAGUCCUUACGCCCCCACUAGUUGAUGAAAGCAAUACACUUUGCAUAAGUUAUGAAAUGGGAAAAUUCAAGUCCCUCGACAUCCAAGAUGAAAACAAAGGCGAAGGUAAAGGGAAAAUAAGAACAUUUACAAAUGCACAGAAUGCUACACAAGUCCAGUCUUCAUCCGGGCCUCAAAAUCAGGCCGAGCGGGGUUUGCUAUCGAAAGAAAACAAGGGUGACGCAGAUACAAAUUCUAUUCAAGUUCAACUCACAUCUGUGGAAUCCGUGGAUCAUGAAGAUUACUUUUUACCGCGGGACAACAAGAAUCGUAGCGCAUCUUUUACACCGCUCUCAACCGUAAAAAAGGACGAAGAGGCGAUCGCUCAAAGACCAAGAAGCCACACUUUAGCAAACGAUAAGGACAUCAGUCUGUACAGGGAACAAAAGGAUAGACUCAUCAAGCAACUCAUGAGGGAAUAUUCAAUUGAAGACCAACACAUGCAGAGUUUAGGAAAAAAAUUCGAGAACGCGCCAAUGGCGGUUUUCGGUACAAACAUUAAAAGCAAAGCCUCAACGAGUACAACGGCAAACAGUUUCAAUAUAUCAGAAAAAAUAAAAGACAACGAUUUUCUGAUAGCUAUGGGUUUUAUAAGUCGAUAAAUAAAAACAAUGUGCUCGCUGCCAACUGUGCGCCAAAACAGAAAUGUAUUUAAAUAUGAAUGACAACUUUUUUACUUGCAGAUUCAAUAGUUUUCACUAAAUGUUAAGAGACGUCUUUUUGACAAAUAAAAGAGUCAUCAAGGAUA